GAGUACGGUACAUGAAAUGUGAAAAUGUGCAUUGUGCAUAGAGGUUUUUGAUUUUCCUUUAAUUAACCUAAUAAUAUUUUAACUGGAUAGUUACUGUUUUUAGGGAUAUAAUGUGGUUAAACCCGUAACUCGGAAAGAAUAAUUGAAUUUUCGAUGAACAUGAGAUGAGUCUAAUUUUUCGUAAUAGUACAAAGUUACAUAUUAUAACAAAAUUUCGAUGAUAAAGAUGGAAAAAAGUAUGGAAUUUAAGAAUACCUUUAGCUCUAUCAAUGAACGCCCAGUUGAUGAUAUAUCAUUACAGUUUUUCUACAAACCGCAUACAAUAACAUUACUGGCUGUAUCCAUUGCCUCAGUUAUUUACACUGCUUUUGUAAGAGAUGAAUCAAGUACUCAAGACAAUAUAUGGUCAGGGAUAUGCUGUGUUGUUUUUUUCUUCUUGAUAAUAUCAGUACUGACUUUUCCUAAUGGACCAUUUACAAGGCCGCAUCCAGCAGUUUGGAGAAUUGUUUUUGGAAUGUCUGUUCUUUAUUUACUGGCACUGCUAUUUCUCUUAUUUCAAAGUUACUCUACUGUUUAUGCCAUUAUGUAUUGGAUUGAUCCUAAUUUAAAGAAUUUCCAUAUUGAUAUGGAUAAGGAGUAUGCUGUCAACUGUUCAGAUUUAAGUUUAUCAAAAAUUUGGUCCCAUGUUGAUGUGUUUGCCUGGGGGCAUUUUUUUGGAUGGAUGUUCAAGGCUGUACUCUUUAGACAUGCGGGACUUUUGUGGGCUAUAUCUAUUAUGUGGGAAAUUACUGAAAUAGCCUUUGCUCAUUUACUUCCAAAUUUUCUAGAAUGUUGGUGGGACUCUAUAAUUUUGGAUGUAUUAGUUUGCAAUGGUUUGGGUAUAUGGUGUGGACUUAAAAUAUGCAAAGCUUUAGAAAUGCGUGAAUAUAAGUGGGUUAGUAUAAGAGACAUUUCGUCAACAACUGGGAAAAUUAAAAGGGCCAUUUUACAAUUCACGCCAGUUCAAUGGACACCAGUAAGAUGGCUAGAUCCAAACUGCACUUAUAUGAGAUUUUUUGCUCUCAGUCAAUUAGUUGUGUUUUGGCAAAUAUCUGAACUGAAUACAUUCUUUUUAAAACAUAUUUUUGAAAUGCCUCCGUCUCACCCACUGGUGAUUGCUCGUUUAUGUCUUGUUGGAGUAAUAGUUGCUCCAUCUGUAAGGCAAUAUUACACAUAUGUAACUGAUCCUAAGUGCAAAAGAGUUGGUACACAAUGCUGGGUAUAUGGCGCAAUAAUGGCUACCGAAUCUAUGUUAUGUAUCAAAAAUGGGAAAGAACUUUUUGGCCAGGCCCAAGUGUGUAAUGUUAUAGUAUGGCUAGUCAUACAAAUUCUUGUCUCUGUUGGAUGUGUUUACGGUGUUGUUCUAUAUCACAGAUAUUUUGAGCCAAACUCUGAUGCUAGUAAUACCAGCCUCAAGAAACACAUGUAGGAUAAAAAUAAAGAAGAUAAUGUCCGCUGUAAUCUGAAAAGUAACUUAUUUAGAUAUUUUGCUAGCAAAUAUUAAGAAUUUCUUGUAUGUUUCGCUGCAUAAAUGCGAUAAAAGUAAAACAUACAAUAUAAUAUACUUAUUAAAAUUAGAUUUAAUAGCUAAAUGUGCUGUGUGACUGUUUGCUUGAAAAGUAUAGAAUAAUGAUAAGUUGUGUGAAUAUAAAUUGUGUGUACUACCCACCA